AGACUUAUUUCUCCGUUGGGAGCUAUGUGGCGCCUGGGCUAGAGCGUUCUGGAAGCGUCUGAGGAAGCGCGGCGCUGGAUAGCCCUGUCCAACAGCGCGGGGGAGUAAGGAAAGAGGAUAUCCUUGGGUAGAAUACAGGAGCUAAGCGGCGUGCGCCGGGGUGACGUGAAGAGAAGGAGUGAGGACAGACACACCGCGGAUUGAGAAAGGUGUGAUGCCUGGUGUCCCAACGGCAGAGAGCCCCUUGCCAGCAGCCUCUGGGAAUGGUUCUGGAAGAAGACAAUGGGGGCUGUGGGUCACAGCUGGCAUUGGUGGGACCCUGGUGGCAUUGUAUGCUGUUGUCACCCCCUUCGUGGCUCCAGCUCUGAGGAGAGUCUGCCUGCCCUUUGUUCCUGCAACUUCAGCUCAGAUCGAGAAUGUCCUGAAAAUGUUACAAGGCAGAAGAGGCUCUGUAGUUGACAUUGGUAGUGGGGACGGCCGUAUUGUGAUAGCAGCUGCAAAAAAGGGAUUUGAAGCUGUUGGUUAUGAGUUAAAUCCCUGGUUAGUCUGGUACUCCAGAUACCGUGCGUGGAGGGACGGGGUGCACCACAACACCAAGUUUUAUAUUUCAGAUUUAUGGAAGGUUUCUUUUUCACGUUAUACAAAUGUUGUUGUUUUUGGGGUACCUCAAAUGAUGCCAGAGUUGGAGAAGAAGCUCAAAGAAGAACUUGAAUGUAAUGCCAGAAUCAUUGCUUGUCGUUUUCCAUUCCCCUGCUGGAUCCCAGAUCAUACAACUGGAGAGGGAAUAGACACUGUAUGGGCCUAUGAUUUGAAAUAUUCUGGAGGAUUUGAAGCAAGAAACUUGAAAAUUACACCAGAAGGAGAAUCUUGAACAUCCACUGUGUUUAUGUACUGAAAUUUUCAGCUUUUACUUCAUUUGCUAGAUGAUAAGUGUAACACAACAUAUACCUCAGGGUAUGGAGUGCUAUAUGCUCUAAAAUGAUGGGGAGUACACUGAUUAUUUGAAAACACAGAAAGCUGUAGUUUAAGGAUGUAAUGUGGUUGAUAAAAGAAUGAGAAAUCAUUACAGAAAUCAAUAACUGUGAUAUGGAAAAUGGAGUAAAAUAAGGUACAGUAAUAUUAAGGGAAACACGUAAGUUCAAAUACUUGAAUUAGCUAACCUAAAAUGUGUAUUCUCUUUGAUCCUAUGUAGCAUUUGCUACUGUUUUUGGGGGUGGUGUGCCACUGGCUUCUCAAAUGAGCCGUAGUUCCCAAUGUCUUCAUUAGGUAAGCUAAACAAGCAUAAUCAAUAUACAUCAUACAUCAAACUGAUGCAAACCGAGUGUGAAGAUGCUGGUAUUUUGUACUUCAGCCAUAAAUGUGUGUUUUUAAAUGGGACACCAUACAACAAGCAAAUAUAAUGAGUAUAUUCAUUAACAGAAUUGCAUUCCUUCAUUAUGAUUGUGCAUCUUUAUUUCUAUGGAGAUGAAACUGAAAGUUUCUUGUUGGAAUAGGUCUUUGCAGAUGACCCUGAUUUUGUCCUAAGGUCUCUGAUUUGCAGUGGGGAGCUAUGACUGCUGUAAGGUUGUCCUUUUCUAACAUGGUAGCAUGAUUACAACACUUCUCUGUUCUGCAACAUUCUGCUUACUUCAUCUUUCCUUUGGUUCCUGGGUAAAGUUUGACCAUCUUCUCCUAUUAACAAUGAGUGAAAAAUAAAACAAUAGCCUAUCUUGGCCCCAUUAUAAAACAACAGAAUGGCUGAAAGGGGCUUCCAAAGGUAAUUUAGUUCAAUCCUGCUCAAGCAGGGCUGGCUAGUCAGUUGCCCAGAGUUGUGUCAGUCAGCUUCUGAAUAUCUCUGAGGAGGGAGACUUUGCUAUGUAGUGACCAUGUAAGUUUGUCAGACCUCUGCAUGUGGGCUAUCUGUAGAGCUAAGCUAGAACAAGUUAGGAAUUUGUCAUCUGACCAGACACUGCUUUUUGGGUCAACAAAAAGCCUGUGAUGUUUCAUUAGCAGUUGAAAAGGUGUGUUUCUUGGACUUACAAUAUCUUACUUGGAAAUAAAUAGUACAGUAGAAUCUCAGGUACACAAAUGAAGAAAGGAACAAAUGUAUCUGCUGGAGCCUGCAAUGGAAAUGAUGAUUGCAGUCUUGCAUAUGGUCAAGUGCAGCUGUGAACAUCAAGACUAUCUCUUGAAGAUUACUUAUUACUGGUUGUAUGGGGCUGCUGAAUCACGGCCUGAACCUUUGAUUGAUCACCUGAGGCGAGCAAUGAGUCAGCCAUGGGAG